GCGCGCAGGCUCUUCAGCUGGAGCGGACACACGGUGUGCGAACCGAACAGAAUAACCCGCCCCCAGCGGGAUGUGAAGGACUACGGGUGAGGCCGGCCACGCCCCGCACGGCUGGGAAGUCUGCUGUGACUAUGUGGUGACUACAAUUAUCUUACUACUGAGUUUCCCACUGGAAUCAUGGAGGAGAAACAGCAGAUUCUAUUGGCUAAUCAAGAUGGUGGUACAGUGGCAGGAGCAGCACCUACCUUCUUUGUCAUCCUAAAACAACCAGGAAAUGGCAAAACUGAUCAAGGAAUUUUGGUUACUAAUCGGGAUGCCUGUGCUUUGGCUAGCAGUGUGUCAUCACCAGGAAAGUCUAAAGGGAAGAUUUGCCUUCCAGCUGAUUGUACUGUGGGAGGAAUCACUGUCACCUUGGAUAACAAUAGUAUGUGGAAUGAAUUCUAUCAUCGAAGCACAGAGAUGAUUCUGACCAAGCAGGGAAGACGCAUGUUUCCAUACUGUCGUUACUGGAUAACAGGUUUAGAUUCAAAUAUGAAGUAUAUUCUUGUCAUGGAUAUAUCUCCUGUGGAUAAUCAUCGUUAUAAGUGGAAUGGCCGCUGGUGGGAACCAAGUGGGAAGGCUGAGCCCCAUGUUUUGGGGAGGGUUUUUAUUCACCCAGAAUCUCCCUCCACAGGUCAUUAUUGGAUGCAUCAACCAGUAUCUUUCUAUAAACUUAAACUUACCAACAACACACUGGACCAAGAAGGGCAUAUCAUCUUGCACUCUAUGCAUCGCUACCUGCCAAGACUUCAUUUGGUGCCUGCAGAAAAGGCUACUGAAGUGAUACAAUUAAAUGGCCCUGGUGUCCAUACUUUUACCUUCCCACAGACUGAAUUCUUUGCAGUAACAGCUUAUCAGAACAUUCAGAUUACCCAGCUGAAAAUAGAUUACAAUCCAUUUGCUAAAGGGUUCCGGGAUGAUGGGCUGAAUAGUAAGCCCCAGAGAGAUGGAAAACAAAAGAACAGCUCUGACCAGGAAGGUAAUAGUGUUCCCAGUUCUCCUGGUCAGCGGGUCCGUCUUAUAGAAGGUGAGGGGUCAGAGGUACAGCUAACAGAUUCAGAUCCUUUAUCAAGAGGUCAUGAAACAUCAGGCAAGGGUUUGGAGAAGGCUUCUCUUAAUAUAAAACGGGACUUUCUUGGCUUCAUGGAUAUCGAUUCAGCAUUGGGUGAAGUUCCUCAAUUGAAACAAGAGGUUACUGAAAGUCUUGUUGCCAACAAUUUUGAAGACGGCUCCCAUGUAACAUCACCAUUAGACCCGGAUGGAAACUUCAAUGUUGUUAUUAAAGAGGAACCUGUAGAUGAUUAUGAGUAUGAGCUUGCUGAGUGCCCAGAAGGGGUAACUGUAAAACAAGAAGAGACAGAUGAAGAAACAGAUGUAUAUUCAAACAGUGAUGAUGAUCCUAUAUUAGAGAAACAGCUAAAGAGACACAAUAAAGUUGAUAACCUAGAAGCUGACCAUCCGUCUUCUAAAUGGCUACCCAAUAGCCCAUCAGGUGUUGCUCAAGCUAAAAUGUUCAAGUUAGAUGCUGGAAAGAUGCCGGUAGUCUAUCUGGAGCCCUGUGCUGUCACUAAAAGCACAGUGAAGAUUUCUGAGCUCCCUGAUAACAUACUUUCCACAUCUCGAAAAGAUAAAUCUUCUAUACUGACAGAAUUAGACUAUUUGCCUACAUACGUUGAAAAUUCCAAUGAGACUGACUUCUGCUUAGGCAAGGAAUCAGAAAAUGAUCUUAGAAAACAUUCACCAGAACUUGGGGUGGUACAGAAGUAUCCCUUACUUAAAGAGCCUCAAUGGAAAUAUCCUGAGAUAUCGGACAGCACUACCACAGAAAGAAUACCUGACAGUUCAAAGAAUUCUGCUGGAGACUCAUUUUUCGCAAAAGAGGACUUGGGCAGAAGGAGAACAACUAUGCUUAAGAUUUCAACAGUCACCAAGGUUGUGAGUGCUAAUCAGAAUACCCCUUCAAAUGUCUCUGGAAAAAGAGGAAGGCCACGAAAAUUGAAACUUUCUAAGGCAGGGAGACCACCUAAAAACGCAGGAAAGUCUUUACCUUCUACAAAGACCCCUCCUAUAGGUCCUGGGAUUACCUUUCCAGAUGUGAAGCCUGAUCUGGAAGAUGUGGAUGGUGUUCUCUUUGUUUCCUUUGAAUCAAAGGAAGCUCUUGAUAUUCAUGCAGUUGAUGGCACAACUGAAGAACCCUGUAGUCUUCAGGCAUCAACCACAAAUGAUCCAGGUUGCAGAGCAAGAAUUUCCCAGUUGGAAAAGGAAUUGAUAGAAGAUUUGAAGGCCUUGCGGCACAAGCAGGUGAUACAUCCUGGUCUUCAAGAAGUGGGCUUAAAAUUGAAUUCAGUGGAUCCGACAAUGAGCAUUGAUCUUAAAUACUUGGGAGUACAGCUACCUUUGGCUCCAGCCACUAGCUUUCCUUUCUGGAACCUUACAGGAACCAACCCUGCUUCUCCUGAUGCUGGAUUUCCCUUUGUUUCUAGGACAGGGAAGACCAAUGACUUCACCAAAAUCAAGGGAUGGAGAGGAAAGUUCCAUAGUGCUUCUGCAUCUAGGAAUGAAGGUGGAAAUUCAGAGGGUCCCCUGAAAAACCGUUCUGCUUUCUGCAGUGAUAAGCUUGAUGAGUACUUGGAAAAUGAAGGCAAGCUGAUGGAAACAAGCAUGGGUUUCUCUUCUAAUGCUCCCACAUCUCCUGUGGUAUACCAGCUUCCCACCAAGAGUACCAGCUAUGUACGAACACUUGACAGUGUACUAAAGAAGCAAUCUACCGUUUCCCCUUCUACCUCCUAUUCUUUGAAGCCUCAUUCUUUGCCCCCUGCCUCUCGAAAGACAAAGUCUCAAAACAAACAGGCAACUUUCAGUGGCCGAACUAAAUCAUCUUAUAAAUCCAUUUUACCAUACCCUGUUUCACCAAAGCAGAAACAUGCUCAUAUGAUUCCAGGAGAUAAGGCUGCCAAGAAUUCUUCAAGUACUAUCUCAGAAAAUCAGGUGAAUAACUUUGUUGUGCCAACUUUAGAUGAAAAUACAUUUCCAAAGCAGAUUAGUUUGCGGCAAGCACAUCAGCAGCAGCAGCAGCAGCAACAGGGAACUCGCCCUGCAGGCUUGUCUAAAUCUCAAGUGAAGCUAAUGGACCUGGAAGACUGUGCACUUUGGGAAGGAAAACCAAGGACCUAUAUCACUGAAGAGCGAGCAGAUGUAUCCUUAACAACUCUCCUUACUGCUCAAGCAUCUCUCAAAACUAAACCCAUCCACACAAUCAUAAGGAAACGAGCCCCUCCAUGCAACAAUGACUUCUGUCGAUUGGGUUGCGUGUGUUCCAGUCUAGCUUUGGAGAAGCGCCAGCCUGCUCACUGCCGCCGACCAGACUGCAUGUUCGGAUGCACUUGUUUGAAAAGAAAAGUUGUACUUGUUAAAGGAGGAUCCAAAUCUAAACAUUUCCAGAGGAAGGCUGCUCAUCGUGAUCCAGUAUUUUAUGAUGCUUUGGGAGAGGAGCAAAGAGAAGAAAGAGAAGAGGGAGUCAGGGAGGAGGAAGAACAAUUAAAAGAGAAAAAGAGGAGAAAGAAGCUGGAAUACACUAUAUGUGAAACAGAGCCUGAACAGCCUGUUCGACAUUACCCGUUAUGGGUGAAAGUAGAAGGUGAAGUAGAUCCAGAGCCAGUUUAUAUCCCAACGCCUUCUGUCAUUGAGCCGAUGAAGCCGUUGUUGUUGCCUCAGCCAGAAGUUUUACCUACUACUGUGAAGGGCAAACUGCUCACUGGAAUUAAACCUGCACGGGCAUAUACUCCCAAACCCAAUCCUGUGAUUCGGGAAGAGGACAAGGAUCCAGUCUACUUGUACUUUGAAAGUAUGAUGACUUGUGCUCGUGUUCGAGUAUACGAACGGAAAAAAGAGGAACAGAGACAACCGUCACCAUCACCAUCCCCAUCAUUGCAGCAACAGGGCUCAUGUCAGUCUAGUCCCGAGAACUGUAGUGUAAAGGAGCCUGAUUCUGAACAGCAGCCCUUGAAACCAAUCACCUGUGACCUAGAGGAUGAUUCUGAUAAAUCGCAAGAAAGAAGCUGGAAGUCUUCCUGCAAUGAAGGAGAGUCCUCUACCUCCUAUGUGCAUCAGAGGUCACCAGGUGGUCCCACUAAACUGAUAGAAAUCAUCUCAGACUGCAACUGGGAGGAGGAUCGGAACAAGAUUUUGAGCAUCUUGUCCCAGCACAUCAAUAGCAACAUGCCACAAUCACUUAAGGUGGGCAGCUUCAUCAUUGAGUUGGCUUCUCAGCGAAAGAGCCGGGGUGAGAAGAACCCUCCUGUUUAUUCUUCUCGUGUGAAAAUCUCUAUGCCAUCAUGUCAAGACCAAGAUGAUGUGGCUGAGAAAUCUGGAUCAGAGACUCCUGAUGGUCCAUUAUCCCCUGGGAAAAUGGAUGAUAUCUCUCCUGUGCAGACAGAUGCCCUGGAUUCAGUAAGGGAGAGAUUACAUGGAGGCAAAGGUCUGCCUUUUUAUGCAGGGCUCUCUCCUGCAGGGAAGCUUGUGGCCUAUAAGCGUAAACCCAGUUCAAGCACAUCUGGGCUUAUCCAGGUAGCAUCCAAUGCCAAGGUGGCUGCAUCCAGGAAACCACGUACCCUGUUGCCUUCAACAUCCAAUUGCAAAACGGCAUCCUCCUCUGGCGCUACAACAAAUCGCCCUGGGAAGAAUCUGAAGGCAUUUGUCCCGGCAAAAAGACCAAUUGCGGCUCGACCCUCUCCUGGUGGUGUGUUCACACAGUUUGUGAUGAGUAAAGUUGGAGCCCUGCAGCAGAAGAUACCUGGAGUUAGCACACCCCAACCCCUAACAGGGCCACAGAAGUUCAGUAUCAGACCUUCUCCAGUAAUGGUCGUCACACCUGUGGUUUCUUCUGAGCCAGUUCAGGUGUGCAGCCCUGUGACUGCUGCUGUCACUACUACCACCCCUCAAGUAUUUUUAGAGAAUGUUACUGCUGUGACACCUAUGACUGCUAUUUCUGACGUGGGAACUAAAGAAACUACUUAUUCUUCUGGUGCCACCACUGCAGGGGUUGUUGAGGUUUCUGAAACUAAUGCCAGCACCCCUGUAACACCUACCCAGUCUACAGCCACUGUGAACCUUAUCAAAACGACUGGGAUAACUACCCCUGUGGCUUCAGUUGCUUUUCCUAAGUCUUUGGUAGCAUCUCCUCCAACUAUAACUCUUCCUGUUGCUUCCACUGCCUCCACCUCCAUAGUCGUGGUGACCACAGCUGCAUCUUCCUCCAUGGUGACCACACCAACUUCAUCUCUGGGCUCUGUUCCCAUUAUACUCUCGGGAAUUGAUGGGAGUCCACCAGUGAGCCAGAGACCAGAAAAUGCCCCUCAGAUUCCAGUGGCUACUCCCCAGGUCUCUCCUAACACAGUGAAACGUACUGGACCUCGAUUAUUGCUGAUUCCAGUGCAGCAAGGUUCUCCUACUCUUAGACCUGCCCCAAACACACAACUUCAGGGGCAUCGGAUGGUCUUGCAACCUGUGAGGAGCCCAAGUGGAAUGAAUCUAUUCAGGCAUCCUAAUGGGCAGAUUGUUCAGCUCCUCCCUUUGCAUCAACUUCGAGGCUCUAAUACUCAACCCAACUUACAGCCUGUCAUGUUUCGGAACCCAGGCUCCGUGAUGGGAAUCCGGUUACCCACUCCUUCCAAACCUUCAGAGACUCCACCAUCUUCUGCUUCGUCCUCUGCUUUCUCUGUUAUGAAUCCUGUAAUUCAGGCUGUUGGGUCUUCUCCAGCAGUGAAUGUUAUCACUCAGGCACCAUCAUUGCUUUCUUCUGGACCUAGUUUUGUGUCUCAGUCUGGUACAUUGACCCUGAGGAUUUCCCCUCCUGAACCACAGAGCUUUGCAAGUAAAACAGGCUCUGAAACCAAAAUAACCUAUAGCUCAGGAGGGCAGCCUGUUGGUACAGCCAGUCUUAUUCCUCUCCAGUCUGGUAGUUUUGCUUUGUUACAGCUCCCUGGACAAAAGCCUGUUCCCAGUUCCAUUCUUCAACAUGUUGCUUCUCUUCAGAUGAAGAAAGAGUCCCAGAGUGCAGACCAGAAAGAUGAAACAAGCUUUUUAAAAAGAGAGCAGGAAACUAAGAAGGCCCUGCAGUCAGAAGGAGAAACUAUAGAUUCUGAAGCUAAUAUAAUAAAGCAAAACUCAGGAGCUGCUGCCUCAGUAGAAAUCCUGAGUGAUUCUUUAGGAGAUGGGGGUGAUAAUUUGGAUGAAGAAUCCCUUACAGAAGAAGGUCCUAUAACUGUUAAACCUUCUGAGCACUCCUAUAUCACUGGGUCACACAUAGGUGAAGACUAUAAAGAUGGAGAUGAAGAGCUUGGGAUUCGAAAUCAUAAGAGUUCCAAAGAAAAACGGACUGUUCUAGAAGUUAAGACCAUUUCCAAAAAAGCCAGCAAUGUGACAGUCCAAAGUGCAAGUAAUGUACAGCUUAAAAAGCUUGGUGAUGUGAAAGUGGAACAGCAGAAAGGGUUAGAAAAUCCAGAGGAAAACUCAAAUGAAUUUCCAGUCAUCUCUAAGGAAGAAAGUAAGCUCGAAUUAUCAGGGAGCAAAGUUGGGGAGCAGCAGUCUUUUCCACAGCCGGAGGCCAAGGAGAAGGGAUGUGGAGACUCUCUGGAGAAGGACAGUAUUAGGGAGAGGUGGAGGAAACACCUGAAGGGCCCUUUGACUCAGAAAUGUGUUGGAACUAAGCAAGAAUGCAAGAAAGAGGCAGAUGAGCAGUUAAUUAAAGAAAUAAAGACUUGUCAGGAAAAUUCAGAUGUGUUUCAACAAGAACAAAGCAUCUCUGAUUUACUUGGAAAAAGUGGAACUACUGAAAAUGUCAGAGUUUUAAAAACUGAAUGUGAUUCUUGGAGUAGGAUUUCUAGUCCUACAGCCUUCUCCAUUGUUCCAAGGAGAGCUACAAAAGGGAGCAGAGGGGAAGGACGUUUUCAGGGUCACUUACUGCUGUCAGGAGAACAGAUAGAACCAAAGCAAGAGAAGAAUGGUGGACGAAGCAGUGCUGACUUGACUGUUUUGGAUUUGGAAGAGGAGGACGAGGAAGAGGAGAAUGAGAAAACCGAUGAUUCUAUUGAUGAGAUUGUGGAUGUUGUUUCUGACUACCAGAGUGAGGAGGUUGAUGAUGUAGAAAAGAAUAACUGUGUAGAGUACAUUGAGGAUGAUGAGGAGCAGGUGGACAUAGAGACUGUGGAAGAGCUCUCUGAGGAUAUUAAUGUUGCUCACAUGAAGACCACAGCUGCCCAAACGCAGACUUUUAAACAGCCGUGCCGUACCCAUAUCUCUGCAGAUGAAAAAGCUGCUGAAAGGAGUCGAAAGGCUCCACCAAUUCCUCUAAAACUGAAGCCUGAUUACUGGAGUGAAAAACUACAGAAAGAAGCAGAAGCUUUUGCUUAUUAUCGCCGGACACACACUGCCAAUGAGCGUCGCCGGCGUGGUGAAAUGAGGGAUCUCUUUGAGAAAUUGAAGAUUACCUUGGGAUUGCUUCAUUCUUCUAAGGUUUCCAAAAGUCUCAUUCUCACUAGGGCAUUCAGCGAAAUUCAGGGACUAACAGAUCAGGCAGACAAAUUGAUAGGACAGAAAAAUCUCCUGACUCGAAAACGGAAUAUUUUGAUACGGAAAGUAUCAUCUCUUUCAGGUAAGACAGAAGAAGUGGUCCUGAAGAAGUUAGAGUAUAUUUAUGCAAAACAACAAGCACUAGAGGCACAAAAAAGAAAAAAGAAGAUGGGAUCAGAUGAGUUUGAUGUGUCUGCCAGAACUAGCAAACAGCAGGAAGGAUCUUCUGCAUCAUCUGUAGAUGUUGGACAGAUGUUUAUAAAUAACAGGAAGGGGAAACCUUUGAUUCUUUCCAGAAAAAGAGACCAGGCCACAGAAAAUACCUCACCCUCUAACACUCCACACACCUCUGCCAACAUCGUGAUGACUCCGCAAGGGCAAUUACUCACCUUAAAAGGUCCUUUAUUCUCAGGACCAGUGGUAACUGUUUCUCCUGCUCUCUUAGAAACCGAUCUGAAGCCUCAAGCUGCCACCAGUGCUGUGGCUCAAUCAGAAAAUGACGACUUAUUUAUGAUGCCAAGAAUUGUUAAUGUGACAUCAUUGGCCACAGAGGGAGGUUUGGUAGAUAUGGGUGGCAGCAAAUAUCCUCAUGAAGUUCCUGAUGGCAAGCCACCUGACCACCUGAAAAGUACUGUCAGGAAUGAAGAUAACUCCUUUGAAGAUUCGGGUAGAAUCUCUUCCAGAGGCAGCCAUAGAGACGGCAGAGUGGCACUGGGUCCAACACCAGUUUUUCUGGCAAAUAAAGAUUCUGGUUUUCCACAAAUAGUUGAUGUUUCCAGUAUGCAAGAAGCACAAGAGUUCUUACCCAAAAAGAUUGCUGGUGAAAUGAGAGGUAUUCAAUAUAAAUGGAAGGAGUGUGAAUCUAGACGGGAGAAACUGAAGCCAAAGGAGUCCACAUUUCAUAAAUUGAAGAUGAAAGAUCUCAAAGACUCCAGUAUAGAGAUGGAACUGAGAAAGGUAGCAUCAGCUAUAGAGGAAGCAGCGCUGGAUCCCGGCGAACUGCUAACUAAUAUGGAAGAUGAGGAUGAUACUGAUGAGACACUGACUUCUCUGCUCAAUGAGAUUGCCUUUCUUAAUCAGCAACUAAACGAUGACUCUGUUAGCCUGGCUGAACUGCCCAGCUCUAUGGAUACGGAGUUCCCAGGGGAUGCUCGACGGGCUUUUAUCAGUAAACUUCCUCCUGGGAACCGAGCGACUUUCCAGGUUGGCCACUUGGGAACUGGUUUGAAAGAGUUGCCUGAUGUACAAGGGGAGAGUGACUCUGUCAGUCCUCUCCUCUUGCACUUGGAAGAUGAUGACUUUUCUGAGAAUGAAAAACAACUUGCAGAACCAGCGUCUGAGCCAGAUGUCCUAAAGAUUGUUAUUGACUCUGAGAUAAAGGAUUCCCUCCUUUCUCACAGGAAAGCCAGUGAUGGAGGGAAGAGUACUUCUGGUGUCCCUGCAGAGCUUGAAAAUGUGUCCUCACCUCCCAUCCUACACAUGAAGGCUGGCCUAGAGAACAACAGCACAGAUACUUUGUGGAGGCCUAUGCCAAAGUUAGCACCUCUAGGUUUAAAAGUAGCUAAUCCUUCUAGUGAUACAGAUGGUCAGGGUCUCAAGGUGAUGCCUUGUUUGGCACCUAUAGCUGCCAAAGUUGGACACAAAAUGAACUUAACAGGGAAUGACCAGGAAUGCCGGGAGAGCAAGGUGAUGCCUACAUUGGCACCUGUUGUGGCCAAAUUGGGCAACUCUGGGGCCUCACCAAGUUCUGCAGGGAAAUGAACUUUCCUGUCCUCAGGCAGAAGCCAGGCUAUGAGGGAAACCUCCUUUCUCUGUAGGCAUCUGUUUAUUUGUGUCAUGGAACUGUGAUCCUUGACUUUGAUGCAGUGGAUGAUGGUAGAGAAAGGGGGGUAGGGUGCUGACCUCGGUAUAAGAAAUUACUACUAUGAAAUUCUGAUCAUGUUAAAAUGUGUUACCUCACUUGUGGUGCUGGGUCUCCUCAUCCUCUCUAAGAAGAUGUGAUCCAUUACUGAACACGAGGUGCCCCUCUUACCCAAGGAAUUCAUAACAAGACUCUAGGUCCAUAGUGGUUCCUAGUUCUUCCCUCCCAGAGAAAAAGCUGCUUGAGACUUUGCAGUUGUUAUGGGCUGAGUUGUAGUGGAUAGCUAUUGUUUAUGUGGCUUAAGUCUGAAAUCCAAGGAAUGUGAUGCACUCGGGCAAAGGGAUCCAGAAGAGAGUUUUUAGUUGGUGGUUCGAGUAGGGUGAGAGAGGAUGGGUACCAUGGAAUACCAAAGUGAAAUGCUUUGUGUCAUUCAGCAAAAUAUUCUCUUCUGUCAUAUCCCAAGUAGCUUCCAUUUCCUUAUCUUUCAAUCAGAAUUACAAAUCCAAGCCUUCUGGUAAAGUAGGAAUGCUUUUAACUUUUAUUACUGAGGUGAUUAUUUUCAGAUGUUAAAAUACUAGCUCUCCCUUACUGUCUGAGUGUUGAAAAGACAUUUCACGGUACCAGGGGUUUCUACCUGGGAUACAUAUUUUGGAAGUAGGCAUGGAGGGAGCCCUCCCCUUUUCACAUAUCACAUCACUCAAGAGACAGCUAGAAUGAAAAGCAUUCCCUGCCCAGACCAGAGACCGUGGCCAAAACAAAAAAAAUUGUGGGGCUGGAUACUUCCCAAAUCAAACCAGUCUCCUGGUGCUUGAAGGUUUCAUUCACUUUUACCUGCACAGGAUGUAAAGGAAAGAAAAGUCACAGUAGGCACUCUUUACCAGGGAAAUGAGGCAGUAUUUGAAUCACAAGAUAUAUUUUUUAUUACCUGCUACCAUGGAUUCAAUGAUCUGUAGAGCUUUUUCACUCGUAAGCUGUCAGGGUAUGAAGGACUGACAGCCUGUAAAGAUAAAGAUAUUUAUAUUUUUGUAUAGUUGUUUUCAUAGAUUUCUCAAAGGCUGAAGUUUUCAACCUAGAAGAUGAGAUUUGUAUUGAGUAUAGAAAAUGAUGUUUCCUAUCUAGUUUGUAAAUAAUCAUGGUGCACUUGAGGGGUCUCUUAGAAACUCCUGGGGGCAAGAAUCACUAUUCUGAAAAUGUAUAGAUUGGGAUUUAGCUGCUGCAUUUUGCCUUUCUUAAAUAAUUAUAUUUUGGAAUGUAACCCCUGUUCUGUCUUCAUUGACAGGAUUUGCUUGUGUUGUGAAACACUAACACAAGAGCUUCCAGUGCCUGGGCUGUGCCUAGGUGAUGCUAUUUCUUCAACAUCUCCCUUGCCUUCUUUAUGCCAAAUCCCACUCAGCAGAUCUUCAGAUGUAGGUUGUUGAGGCCAGCUUUGGAAUAGUUCUAGCCAGUGAAUUAGUACUUCCAUGGUUGGUUCCCUUUCUAGUAACUCUGGUAAUUAGAUUGAAAAGGGUGGAAAAAUUUCCUCUGCAAUUGCAGUGGGAGCAAAUUCUUUGUUGUUAUUGUGCUACUUGCCUUUCUAGACCUGCUCAUCAGCAUUCAACCUUCCCUCCUCUAAAAGUUACUGAAGAAGCUUGAAGUAGGUAAUGAGUGCCCCUUAGCUUCUCAUUAUCCCUCCCACUAUUUACCCAGCAGAGUUCAUUCAAUGCCUUAGCCAAGGAGUCCAGCACCUGUCUCCCCUGCUAAUAAUUGACCUUGGAGAUCCUAGUAUUUUAAUCCAGGUAUAGCAGUUUCCCAUUAUUAACUUGCUUGUCUCGUCCUCACAUUUCCUCCUGACUUCCCAAGGCUCUUGUUAAUGGCUUUUGAGGGUCAGCCAAGGAGAAGGCAAGUGAGUGAAUAAUCCUCAGGAAAAGAAGGACCAUUCUGCUUCUGAACACUUUUCCCUUUUUAGAAGAAAGUAAAGAGGUAAUAAUCAGUUCUUCAUGCAAAGAUAUUUGACUCUGUUCAUGAGAGAUGUACAAAGAUGGAAAUGAGAGAUGAUUCCAGGUCUGCAAGAAGGCUGCAGAUGUCAUUACAAACUCCCAGGAUAAUGGUGUUUUCAAGACCUCUUAGAACGAGUAAGUUGUGAAGGCUAAUUUGAAGGAGGGCUCUAUCUUCAGAACAGUCCGGCAGUCUUGACAGAAAUCUCAAAUCUCCAAAAACUCCUACCCUUUAACCUUACCCCAAGAGAAACUGAUCUAUGAAAAUGACAUGUGUGAUUGUGAAAGAUGUAGUUGAGUGAGAGGAGUUGAGGAACUGGGAGGAUAGUGAGCUCUCACCCUAACACUAUAAGAAGCAUGAUCUCAGUAGACCAAUAAUUCGCCUUUUUAUACAUCUGUAAAUAAAUGGAAUGUUUUUAAGAAUAUAAUUAUGUCAGAUUUAGCCUUUUCUUUUAUAUAUUAAAUAUAUAUCUUUCCUUUUCUGCUUUUGAAAAAUGACUAUUUUUUUAGAAACGUAAGAACAGAAGUUUGGUGAGUGGAAGGCAGAAUGUAUAAACUUGAAAUAAAUCAGUUAUAAUAAUGAAAGGAGGACUUGGUGUUGGGAGGUUUGUGCUGAGUUGGAGUAGAGAAAUCUAAUACCCAGAGUCAUUUGAGAGAGGUACCACUGAAGUAAUUUUAUCAUAGGAAUUCCUUACUGUUUUCAAAGUUUCUGACCUGCCAUUUGGAGAGAUUUUUGUUAAUCCUUGUAGCGUGUUUUACAUGGAGACUUCAAAAAUUUCCACAAAUUGACAGCAAAUGUUCGUCUCAAGAAGUUGUUCAACAGUGAGGAAAGACUAGCCUCAUAAUACCAAUGUGUGCAAGGUAAUAUAUCUGUUACCUUAGAGAAUAACAGGACAUAAACACAAUCUCAGGGGCUAAGGACAGAUGUUUUUAAAGCAAGAUAUAUGUUAACUAGUAUCACGAUUUACGAAAGAUUUUAUUUAUUAAAGGGGUCCUUUAGACGUUGCACUA